UAUAAACCGCGUUUGAGCAUUAAAAAGUUCGUUGGGGUAGUUGCACCCUCAACCCGACAACCUCCCCUUUAAAUUCCCAAUUUCCCCCGCUUCUUCCAUAUCUCAUUUUGCUUCUUCUCUUCUCCAAAUUCAUUUUUCUCAUCCUACUGUUCUUCAAUUCUCUCCAAAUUCAACAAAUUCUUCACGAAUUUCAAAAGGGUAUUCUUCUAUUCUCCCUAAUUUGAUUAAGGCGGUAUUCCAUGGCGGAUUCACGACAACCAUCGCCGGAGUCGGCCAUCAACAUCACCAGCUCUGCAACUUCAAAACUCCCUAAUUUCCUCCUUUCUGUAAAAUUAAAAUACGUGAAACUAGGCUACCAUUACAUGAUCUCACAUGCUAUGUACCUCUUGUUAACCCCUCUCGUCGUCGUUAUCUCAAUCCAUUUAUCAACACUCACAUCACAGGAUCUGAUCAAUUUAUGGAACCAACUCCGGUUUAAUUUAGUCACGGUGGUCAUCUGCUCGGCGUUAAUGGUGUUUUUAGCUACUCUCUACUUCAUGAGCAGACCGAAGAAGGUUUACCUUGUUGAUUUCUCUUGUUACAAACCUGAUGACGAACGGAUGGUGACUCGGGAGAUAUUCAUGGAUAGAUCGACUCAAAUCGGAACUUUUACAGAAGAGAAUUUGGCGUUUCAGAAGAAGAUUCUGGAACGAUCUGGACUAGGACAGAAGACGUACUUUCCUGAGGCGGUGCUAAACCUUCCGCCGAAUCCUUGUAUGUCCGAGGCGAGAAAAGAGGCAGAGAUGGUGAUGUAUGGCGCCAUUGAUGACUUGUUAGCGAAAACUGGAGUGAAGGCGAAGGAUAUCGGAAUCCUAAUAGUGAAUUGCAGUUUGUUUUGUCCAACUCCAUCACUGACUUCCAUGGUGGUGAAUCAUUACAAGCUUCGAGGGAAUAUCAUGAGCUAUAAUCUCGGUGGAAUGGGUUGCAGUGCUGGAUUAAUCUCCAUUGAUCUCGCCAAACAACUUCUGCAGGUGAACCCUAAUUCGUAUGCGUUGGUUGUAAGCAUGGAAAACAUAACGUUAAAUUGGUACUUCGGAAACAACCGAUCAAUGCUCGUAUCAAAUUGUCUCUUCAGAAUGGGAGGAGCCGCCGUUCUGCUCUCCAAUCGAACUUCCGAUCGCCGACGUUCAAAGUAUCAACUCAUCCACACCGUCCGCACCCAUAAAGGCGCCGACGACAAAUGUUACAACUGCGUCUUCCAAGAAGAAGACGAAAACAAGAAAAUCGGCGUAGCCCUUUCAAAAGAUCUCAUGGCAGUCGCCGGCGAAGCUCUGAAAACCAACAUCACAACCCUCGGACCACUGGUUCUUCCGAUGUCUGAACAGCUCCUCUUUUUCGCCACUUUAGUUGCCCGGAAAGUCUUUCAGAUGAAAAUCAAGCCCUACAUCCCUGAUUUCAAGCUCGCGUUCGAGCACUUUUGUAUUCACGCCGGCGGAAGAGCUGUUCUUGAUGAGUUGGAAAAGAAUCUGGAUUUAUCCGAUUGGCAUAUGGAGCCUUCGAGAAUGACUCUUAACAGAUUCGGAAACACAUCGAGUAGCUCUUUGUGGUAUGAAUUAGCGUAUUCCGAAGCUAAAGGGAGGAUAAGGAAAGGUGAUCGUUCAUGGCAGAUUGCUUUUGGGUCUGGUUUCAAGUGUAACAGUGCUGUGUGGAAGGCGUUGAAGACGAUCGACCCGGCUAAGGAAAAAAACCCUUGGACCGAUGAGAUUGAUGAUUUCCCGGUUCAUGUUCCCAAGAUUGAAAGGAUCGGUUCUUGAAAAUGUUCUGUUUUUUUUUCUUUUCUUUUUCUUUUUCAAUUCUUUCAGGAUUUUAUGGGUUUAAAUCAUUAUGGAUUGCAGAUUGUUGUAAUGUUACUGAAGAAGUCAAAGAGGCCAUUGCCAGUUUUAUACAUGGAAAUUUAAACUUAAAAUUUUAUA